CGCAGAUCGUCAUAUGUAGCCACCUCGUCCUCCGCUGAAACAUUAGACACAUAUACUCGACCUGCGACUUGCUUUAGCACUCACGACACACCUGUGGCGACCCGUGGCCAUAAUCCGGGCCUCGCCAUCGUUCGAUCUCCGUUCAGAUUGACGUCUCCAAGAAUUGCCUUUGACAAGUCUGUUUUACGCCUCCGAGCUGAAAGGAUCUGUCCUAGAGCAAACUCAAAGAAGAUAAACAGCAGCGCACUCUGUGAAGAGGAUCUCAAUAUAUAUGGUCGCUGCGGCAGAACGACGUAGCCAUAUCGACCCCGAUAUCUAGCCACAAUCGCUCAAUCGCCUCGAUCGAUCAUGAUCGACCAUGUUCUCGGGAAACCUUCUCCCGCUUUCAAACGGGUCCAGGUCUUCCUGGUGAUCAUGUUCUGGUCAUGGAGACUCUACGUCGGAGAUCUCAAGCGGAAGAGCAAGACUAGAGCUAGGGUCGUAGGGGAACUGUUCGGGAGCGGUUGGGUAGGGAGGAGAGGCGGAUUUUUAGGGAUCAUGGGGUUGAUCAACCGUAAACUUAAGCGGUUCUCCCCAUAUCAAUUGGUCGUCGGGACUCUCACUCUCAUGUAUGCCCUACGCAACCUGGACGUUCUGGUCGGUUUGGGAUCUCCGGAACCACUGGCUCGUAUGUAUUCUCGAGCAUAUUAUAGAGCGACCUACAUCGCCACCUCCUUCGAUGCGGGCUUUGCCACCGCCAUGCCGAUCAAACCCAAAUGGCUGCGAGAUAUCUGUAGCGUGCUCUUUGCCGGGUAUUACAUGGUCUGGGCUAGAGAGGCCGAUGAGAAGUUGAGGAGGUUUAGGUCGUUGUGUACGGUAGAGAUGCUGAGAACGACAUGGGAGAAAACCAGUAAUCCAUAUUUGCGACUUUUUACCUACUUCGACAGACCCCGACUUCCUCUGGUCCGCAAGAUCCUCUUACCGCGCCCCAAGGGCUCCAAGCACACUAAACCCAUAUCAGCGAUGCUGUUCUUCUCAAAGACCGAAGAAGAGCUCAGAGAUUGCACUGAAUUGAUCCUGGACUUCCCUGGUGGUGGCUUUGUCGCCAUGGGCCCUGAGCAUCACGAAGAAAGGUUGAGGAGGUGGACGAAGAGGACGGGGAAACCGGUCCUUGCUAUCGAUUAUGGGAAAGCUCCUGAAUAUCCGUAUCCUUGGGCGAUUGAAGAAGGCUUUGACGUCUACCAAACGCUGGUGGAGACCAAGGGCUCAGUCAUCGGCAUCAAGAGUGGCCGGCUUGACAUGGUUUUGAGCGGUGACUCGGCGGGAGGCAACAUCGUCACGACAAUCAUGCUGAACAUACUGGAGUCGCCGUUGAAAUUGCCUCAUCCUCUCGCGCUUGUCCUCGCGUACCCAGCCAUUGAUUUCAACUACAACAGUUGGAUGACUCCUCAGGAUCUGCAGGUCCUCCGCACCGAACAAUCGUCCCGAAACAUUCCCGGCAUCAUGGAAGGCAAAGAUCACAUGCGACACAAGAGUCCGCUCAGCGUUGUGGAUGAUUCAGGCAAACGGAAAUCUGCAGCCGAUACGGACCCCUUGUCAAGAAAGUCUAGCUGGCACCGUUCGCUGAGCGGUCGGUUUAGGUCCUCGACGACAUCUCGGAAUGCUCUCGCUAUUGGCGAAGUAGACGGUCGAAGAGAGGAAGAUAAACCGCUGCGGGAGAGGGUCAAGACGCCGAUCGAGGAGAUUUCCCUUGAGGCUUUGCAGCAGGAGUUGCAGGUCAAGGCAGCCGAGGCGCAAGAGGAAAAAGAAAACGAGAAGAUGCCAAUCGGGACGAGACUGACUAUGACAUCGCGGACGGGGUAUUUCCAGGACAGGAUCAUCAGCCCUACUAUGAUGAGAGCCAUGGCCAUCUUGUACAUCGGUCCGCGGCACAAUCCAGAUUUCGCCACCGACUACUACAUCAGUCCUAUCCUCACGCCUGAGGUUCUUCUCGCACAAUUCCCCCGGACAUAUCUUAUCUGCGGAGAGCGAGACCCCUUUGUGGACGAUACAGUGAUUUUGGCGGGCCGUCUGAGACAGGCGAAACGUAACAAACGGGAAGAAGCGCGACGGCAGGCUGCACAAAAGCUUGCGCAAGCACGUGCUGGUCUGCGGAUGAGCAGGACUGACUCGUCUAAUCGGAACAACGAUCCGAUCUUGGAGGAAGACGAGGAUGACUGGCUCAGUAUGAGGAUUAUCGAGGGAUGGGGGCAUGGCUUUAUGCAGAUGCUGUCUGUCAUGAAACAUGAUGUGGAGCCGGUACUUAUGGACAUUGCCGACUGGAUCGAUGAGACUUUUGCAAGAGCCGCCGAGGACCGAAACUUGGACAUUGGCGGAGACGCUAGGCCGCCAACUCCCAAACGGAGUUUCAGCUUGGUCAAAGCUUCUGAGUACAAGGAAACCUCGCCCGAGAGACCUCUGGGUUCCGCAGACCUUGGCGCUCCGCUGGUAGCAGAUACCGUUACCGAUGACGAAGAGGACGAUAUGCUAUCGUUCUCCACCAAGCGGACGCGCCAGCUCAGUUCAACCUUGCACACGCUCGGAUCCAGCAAUCUGCCUGAUCGUCAGCGGGUUGCGCUGCCCGAGAGUCAAACCUGGUCUUUUGAGUCUGGAGACAGUCUCAAAGGCCCAGUCACGCCUCCAGGACUGUUGGACGACUCGCGCUUCGAUACAAUCAAGCCAUCCAGGCAGGCAAGGGGAUCGUACGCUUUCUUUACGCAGAAGAAGGCCGAGGCACCGAGAGUCGCUGCUAUCGGCGGUCAGAAGCCUAGGACGACCAGCCCUGCCAGCACUGAUCAUGCAAAGGGAGGUCUGUCGGAGGCCGAGCUUUUGCGAAGGCGGCGAGUUGAAGCGGUGUACGGCAUGGUUGAUGAACCUCUGCCGCGAUAUGGGCGAGACGACGAUGAAGAAGAGGAAGAGAAGACUGGCUUCCGCUGGUGAUGGCAAG